AUGCUGUAUUUCGCUACACAGAUAACAAGAGAAUAUGCCAUAGGAGAAGGAUGGAAAGCGGAGAGUAGGGAAGAAGAGAAGCAUGAUGCACUCCAGACGAUGGAUGGGGAUGAGCAAUGGGCGCAGUGUUUGGUAGAUCCACCAUCACUGUCAAUGAUUCAGCCAAUGGCUGGGAAGGAUGUAAAUGAAAGCAGCCAAUGCUUGGCUUGGGAAGAAGCACUGCACAGUGCUAAAGCAUCCCGAGUCGCAUCACUCAAUCCUAAAGAUCUCCUCUUCACUCAAAUCUUGUCGAAGCAGAAGUCAAAAGUGCCCAGUAAAAUUUUAUCAAUCACCAAUAGGAAAGUAAACAAGCAAACGGACAGAAUGGGUCAAAUUACCUAUUUAAGCUUCACCAAACCAACCAGUACCACCAGCACCGACGGUUUGUUGUAUGCAUGGGGCAAUUCCGCGGAUGUAUCAUUCCCAUCAACUUCUGCGCCAUCCAUCACACGUGGAAGAUAUGUGGCUCAAGCGUCUCAGCUUGAGUUCGGAUGCUUCUUGGGAUUGUCAAGUGUUCACAUCACAUCAUCCACUGCGCCUUACUUUACUGAACGAAGUGCAACGGAUUUAACUGCCUCAUCUUCAAUAUUCACACCCGAAGUCCCAACAAAGUACCGCGUCUCAUACAAAACAAAGAAAACUCCUAACUAA